AUGGCAUCCCAUUCUUCAACCAGCGUGGUUGUGUUGGUCACUCUGGCACCAACAGCACACCCAAAGCUGAUCCCACAAGUGUUCAAUGGGGUUGAGAAUCAGCUGCUGACUCGAGGUUUGUCUGAAGUCUUGGAUCAGAUCCUCGUUCACUCUGGUGAAAACGGUGACGAGCAGCUCGCCGUCCUCGCCGACAUGUGGGAGCGAUUCUUCUCCGAGACUCUUCCCACCCUGCAGGCCAUCUUCUACCCUGUACAGGGUCAGGAGCUGACGGUGAGGCAGAUGGCUCUGCUGGGUUUCAGAGACCUGGUGCUGCUGAAGCUCCACCUGAAGGACACUCUGGGUACUGCAGCCUCCGUCCCUCCUCCUGUCACACAGAUGCUUCUGGUCCUGCAGGGCAUCCAUGAGACCGGUAGUCCCAGUUUUGAGUAUUACCAGUUGGAGCAGCUGGUUCAGAUCGUCGUGUCUCCGUACGUCAGCAACGUUCUGCACAACAGGAACCAGCAGGUGUUGGACUCCCGUCAAUUCCGGAUGUCGGGGUUGUUGCUAGGCGACCAGUCCCAGCCAGAGAUCACCGUCACCCAGCAUCACACCGCCUCCUCCUCCGACUCGUCGUCCCUGGCGCCGCUGGUGGAGCAGGAGGGCGAGGCCUACCUGGAGAAGUGCGGCGGCGUGCGGCGCCACACGGUCGCCAACGCUCACUCCGACGUGCGUCUGCUGACGGCGUCCAGCAGGAUGCAUGCUGGGACGGAGACGGACAGCGGGGUCGGAGGGUGCGACGCCAGCGUGGAGUUUUUGGUCGGGGACGAGCCGAUCAGCGGCAGAGUGUUUUCAAGUUCGAGUCAGCCGGACGUGAUGGAGUCUCCGAGGAGAGGAGUCGGCGUGAUGUCAUCGUGAGACGAUACAGGAACGGUAUGAGAUAACAGGAAAUGGGAAACGGGAGGAUAAUAAACUGGAAAAAGAAGAGAGGAAAUAAUAAAAAUGGGAAAUUAAACAACAGGAAAUACAAAAAAACAAGGAUUAAAAUGACACAAUUGGAAGAAAAAGAGACAAAAAAAGUGAGGAAACAACCAAACAGGACAAGAAGAAGAGGAGAAAACACAAACUUUAACCCUCUGGACUUCAAUUUUAUUUAUGCUCAUCACGUGAUUCUCCACCAGUAUGGAACCAGUAACACUUCCAGUACACAUACAGGCAUAUCGAUGCUGUUUUAAGAUACUCUUGUGAACCCUGUGAGUCUCCGAGUGAAGGAGACAGGAAGUGCAAACAUUUGGAUUCACCCUGCGUGACGUUAAAAUGAAAGGACAGGAAGCAGGACAGUGGAAGUGUCCGUGCUGAUCUUAUCCGUCCCACAGCUCCCAGCAGGAUGAGACCUAUGGCUCCGGACUUUUAAACUGGGAAGACUGUCGGUCUGAGCAGCAG